AUGAGGUCACUCGCUGCGGUCUGCUUCAUCGCCCUCGCUGUCGUCGUCCUCGUCGCAGCAGGCGCGGCGUCCGCGAGGUUCGUGGAUCCGCCGGACUCCGACGUGCCGGCCGGAACCCACCCGCCUCAGAUCGGGCGCUUCGCCGUACUGGUGUACAACCUGAACCGGGGCGCCAAACUCAAGUACGUCGGCGUGUCCAACAGCGUCCGCCACCCUCACCAGGGCGGCGUGAGGUACAAGAUGGUGGUCACAGCGGCGGACGCCAGCGGCGGCACCGCGCAGUACCAGGUGCUGGUUUGGGGCAUCCCUAGGACCUACCAGUGGAUGCUUCUGGAAUUCAAGAAAAUCAACUGA